AUGCCAUCAAGCCCCGCCUCGCCUACCUAUGCCAAAAAGGGAAACAAAACCCAAAAACAACAAUACACCUACCCAGCACCUCCUAACAACAGGACCUGGGCACCUUGUGAUCGGCGAGUUCAUCAUGAACUUUUCUGUAUACCAAACAUUUCUAGAGUCAAAUGUGAGGCGAUCUUUACCACAGCCCAAGCUUGGAUCAAACUGGGUCCCAAACACAGUAGUGAUCCCAAGCACCGCAGAAAAUCUGCAACAGACUGCCAGAAAAAGAAUAAAGAUAUAAAGAUAACUGAGGUCAGGGUCACUCCAGGCUGUCUGUCUCUGCUGGAGACUCGGGAGAGCUCCCACACAACCGUCUGUUCCUGCUGGAGGCUCAGCCACCUGUUCCUGUCAGACGCUCUGGAGAGUCCAUCCCGCAACUACCUGCAACUGCUACACGGCAUCUGGCCUGCCUCAUCUUGUCCUGCCUUGUCUGGUACUCCACACCGGCCAUCUGCCAAGUCACCCAAGAGCGUUCAGUGGAGGGGACAGGUGGGGCGGAAGCCCGGAAGUGGUCGAGGCAUGGGGAGGCAGGCAAGUGGUCAGCCAGGGAGGAGCAACCGAACUCCGCCCAAAGGAGGAGGGGCCGCUGUCGGAGACCUGCAGGUGCCCACCCAGACCAUGACAAAGACAGCACCUCGUGUCUACGCCUGGCUAUCUAGUUCUGUUAACGAGACCUUGGGACUCGGUGGUGUCACGUUCUUUAUCAUCCAGGGCCUCACAAGCCUCGAUGAGAAAAAGAUAAUACUUUUUUCCAUCCUGUUGCUGAUUUACAUCAUGGUCCUGGGAGGAAACAGCAUCAUCAUCUAUGUGGCACUGACGGAUCCAAAGCUCAACUCUCCACUGUACUUCUUCCUCUGCAACCUCUCCUUUGUGGACAUGGUCUACACCACAACCACCAUCCCCAACAUGCUAUCUGGCUUACUGACAGAUAUCUUAACCAUCUCUGUCCUGGGCUGCUUCCUCCAGAUGUACUUCUUCAUUCAGUUAUCUGUUACAGGCCGUGCCAUUCUCACAGUCAUGGCAUACGAUCGCUACGUGGCGAUCUGCAACCCUCUGCAAUACAACAGCAUCAUGACCAGGCCUGUCCGACUGCUACUUGUUGCAGGAGCCUGGGGAUUCGGUGCAAUUUGCACUCUUCCUGUUACUGUGAUUGCCUUUGAGAGGCCUUACUGUGGCCCAAAUGUGGUGAAACAUGCCUGGUGCGACCCAUCUUCUGUAAGGCGGCUUGUGUGCAGUGACACCUCUUUGGAUAACAUUGUGUCUCUCUUAUUUGCAAUGGUGUCGCUGGUGACCACAGGUGUCUUCAUACUCUCCUCCUACAUCUUGAUUGGUUUUUCCAUAUCCAGGAUGGUUGUUGCUCAGAGGCUGAAGGCGCUCAGAACAUGUUCUGCCCACCUGACUGUGGUGUCCAUCUCUUAUGCAGCAGCCUCAUUUGUAUACAUUUCCUACCGAGUGGGAAACUUUUCAUCAGAGGUGCGGAUCAUUGUGUCUGUGCUGUACUCUGCUCUGACUCCCUUCCUGAACCCGAUGAUCUACAGUCUGAGGAACAAAGAGCUGCGAGAGUCUAUCAGAAGAACUUUGAGCAGGUUCAGACCUGCUGCUGUGUUACCCACCAAGAAAAUCAGCACUUUGUCCUGA